CCCGGUCGGCUUGUUAGUACACUGUCUGAGUGACAGUGUGAGUGGAGUAUCAACUGCAAAAGGAUAGAGAAGCUUUUGAAACCCAGCUAACAGGGACUUCUGGCUUAAGUGGAGUUCAUAACACAGCCAUGGACGUGAGCAGCUCUCUGAAGAUGAGCUCUCUGACCACCCAGAGUCUCUUCAGCUAUGUGGAGGAGGAAAACCUUUCGGCCAUCAAAGCUCAUCUGGACAAGUACAGAGAGGUGGACACCAGAAGUGAAAACGGCCAGACUGCUCUCAUGCUGGCCUCAGAGCAGGGCAGUCUACAGAUCGUGCAGGAGCUCAUCCGGAGGGGAGCAAAUGUCAACUUGGAUGAUAUUGAUUGCUGGACAGCACUGAUUUCAGCUGCUAAAGAGGGACACACUGAAGUGGUGAAGGAACUCCUGGAGAACAAUGCCAACGUGGAGCAUCGCGACAUGGGGGGCUGGAGCGCGCUCAUGUGGGCCGCUUAUAAGGGUCGUGUGGAGGUGGCACAUCUACUGCUGGAGAAGGGAGCAAACCCGAACAUCACUGGACAGUACAGUGUUUACCCCAUCAUAUGGGCGGCAGGAAGAGGCCAUGCAGAGAUCGUUCAGCUGCUGCUUCAGCAUGGAGCCAAAGUCAACUGCUCUGACAAGUAUGGCACCACACCCUUGAUCUGGGCAGCCAGGAAGGGCCAUUAUGACUGUGUGAUGCAUCUGCUGGAGAACGGGGCCAAUGUGGACCAGGAGGGAGCGAACUCGAUGACUGCGCUCAUAGUGGCCGUGCGAGGUGGUUUCCCUGAGGUGGUGAAGGAGCUGCUGAAGAGAAACCCCAACAUGAACAUGACUGAUAAAGACGGAAACACUGCGCUGAUGAUCGCUGCCAUAGAGGGCUACACUGAGAUUGUCCAAGACCUGCUGGACGCGGGCACAUACGUCAACAUCCCUGAUCGGAGUGGUGAUACUGUGCUUAUCGGAGCCGUCAGAGGAGGUCAUGUGGAGAUCGUCCGAGCUUUGCUUAAUAAAUAUGCUGAUAUUGAUGUCAAAGGCCAGGACAGUAAGACCGCCCUGUACUGGGCUGUGGAGAAGAGCAAUGCAACCAUGGUUCGAGACAUUCUGCAGUGCAACCCUGACACUGAGGCCUACACCAAGGAUGGAGAGACUCCUCUAAUAAAAGCUACCAAGAUGAGAAACAUGGAAAUAGUUGAGCUUCUUUUGGACAAAGGUGCCAAAGUGUCAGCAGUGGACAAGAAAGGUGACACAGCUCUGCAUAUUGCCAUUCGUGGGAGAAGCCGCAAACUGGCCGAGCUGCUCUUGAGGAACCCUAAAGACGGCCGUCUGCUCUACCGGCCCAAUAAAGAAGGAGAGACGCCCUACAACAUCGACUGCACUCAUCAGAAGAGCAUCCUCACCCAGAUAUUUGGAGCCAAGCACCUGUCUCCCUCUGAGUGUGACGGUGACAUGCUGGGUUAUGACCUGUACAGCAGCGCUCUGGCGGACAUCCUGAGUGAGCCCACCAUGCAGCCGCCCAUCUGCGUGGGGCUUUACGCCCAGUGGGGCAGCGGCAAGUCCUUCCUGCUUAAGAAACUGGAGGAUGAGAUGAAGACGUUCGCCGGGCAGCAGGUGGAGCCGUUGUUCCAGUUCUCGUGGUUGGUGGUGGUUUUGACUCUGCUUCUCUGUGGAUCUGUGGCUCUGGUCCUCGGCUUUGCUGUCGACACUAAACUGGCCAUCGCUGUGGCCCUCAGCCUGCUCGCCCUAAUGUACAUCUUCUUUGUGCUGGUGUACUUUGGGGGGAGAAAAGGAGGGGAGGGUUGGAGUUGGGCCUGGGUCCUCAGCACCAGACUGGCCCGCCACAUCGGCUACCUGGAGCUUCUCCUCAAACUCAUGUUCGUCAAUCCCCCCGAGCUUCCAGAGCAGACCACCAAAGCCCUGCCUGUCAGGUUUCUGUUCACGGACUAUAACCGUCUGUCGAGUGUGGGAGGGGAGACGUCCAUGGCUGAAAUGAUAGCUACGCUGUCCGAUGCCUGUGAGAGAGAGUUCGGCUUCUUGGCCACCAGACUUUUUAGGGUCUUCAAGAAUGAUGAAACUCAAGGAAAGAAGUGGAAGAAGACAUGUUGUGUCCCGUCCUUCGUGCUCUUUGUGCUGACGUCGGGCUGUCUGAUCACAGGCAUGACCCUGCUGGCCAUCUUCAAGGUGGACGCAGAGAACCUGACGGUGAACGCGGUUCUGAUCUCCAUGGCCAGUGUGGUGGGUCUGGCCGUGCUGCUGAAAUGUCGGACCUGGUGGCGGGUGACGGACUCUGUGCUGCACUCUCAGAGGAGGAGGCUCCUUAACGCUGCCAACAGCAUGCACAAGCUCAAGAGUGAGGGAUUCAUGAAGGUUUUGAAGUGUGAAGUGGAGCUCAUGGCUAAAAUGGCUAAAACCAUCGAUGGCUUCACUCAGAAUCAGACCCGACUGGCUGUCAUCAUCGAUGGCCUGGAUUCCUGUGAACAAGAUAAAGUGCUACAGAUGCUUGAUACGGUUCGGGUGCUCUUCUCUAAAGGUCCCUUCAUCUCAAUCUUUGCCAGUGACCCUCAUAUCAUCAUCAAGGCCAUAAACCAGAACCUCAACAGUGUGCUACGUGACUCCAACAUCAACGGCCACGACUACAUGCGAAACAUCAUCCACCUGCCCGUGUUCCUCAACAGCCGUGGCCUCAGCACUGCCAAGAGACUCUGCAUUUCCACUCCAGCCACUGCGGAUCAGCUGAGCUCUGAUGCGUGGCAAGAGGACAUGGACAGGAAGUUGUCUCAGAACAGUCUCGGCGAGCAGGGCAGGCUGGGCAGCAAAACAGCGCUGAACCGCCGGGACACGUACCGCAGGAGACAGAUGCAGCGCUCCGUCACGCGCCAGAUGUCCUUCGACCUGACCAAGCUGCUGGUCACCGAAGACUGGUUCAGUGACAUCAGCCCUCAGACGAUGAGGAGACUGCUCAACAUAGUGUCAGUCACAGGUCGCCUACUUAGAGCCAAUCAGAUCAUUUUUAACUGGGACCGACUAGCGUCCUGGAUCAACCUGACGGAGGAGUGGCCGUACCGCACAUCCUGGAUCAUUCUCUUCCUGGAGGAAACUGAUGGAGUCUCAGAGCAGGUCACACUGAGGACCAUCUAUGAGAGGAUUUCUAAAAACAUCCCCACCACUAAAGACGUGGAGCCUCUGUUGGAGAUCGAUGGUGAUAUUCGUAGUUUCGAGGUGUUCCUCUCAUCACACACCCCUGUUCUCACUGCUCGUGAUGUGGAGAUGUUCCUGCCUUGUACCGUCAACCUGGAUCCCAAACUAAGGGAGAUCAUCGCAGAUGUACGAGAUGCACGAGAGCAGAUGCACCUUGGAGGAGUCAGCUAUCCCACACUGCCCCUGCAAGAUGCUUCGGUACGGCCGCACUCCACAUUUGGGCAGCAGUCUUUGGCCUGCUCUCCCACUGGCUCUUUCCCUGGCUCUUUCGCCCCUACGGGAGUGCUGCCGGCUGCUCAACCCCACAGCAGCUACUUUAGUGGGCUUACGGGACCCCAACAUCCCUUCUACAACCGGCCUUACUUCCCUCAUCAUGUUUAUCACCUGCCCCGACAUUACCCUGGCAGCCCCCAUCACGCCCCCUCACGCCCUGCUACUAAACUCUAUAAGGACCCCAGUCUGGGACUAGAUGUAAUCAGAGAGGACUCCAAUGAGGGUCUUCCCUCUCCUACAUCCCCCUCUAUGAUCAAAUCUCAGCCCUUCCGAAUGAAGCAGGGCUCUGGUUCUGUGGUCUCUAGUGGAUCUCAGGUCCUCCUCAGUUCUCUGAGCAUCGAUGGUGUGUGUGAGAAGCUCAGACAUAUCCAGGGCCUGGACUCCAGCAUGCUGGAGCAGUACAUCGGCACAAUCAAAAAGGCCAACGUGAACGGCCGGGUUCUGUCUCAAUGCAACCUUGAUGAGCUCAAGAAGGAAAUGAACAUGAACUUUGGAGACUGGCAUCUCUUCAGGUCCAUGGUUCUAGAGCAGCGUCAUGUGGAGAACCAGCUGCUGCGUGAUGAAUUGGGAGCGUGCAACGAGCAGGGCAGCAGCGUGUUGACUCAACUCGAACCCCACAGACCCUCCGAAGCGCCACAAGACAUGUCCAUCAACCCAGAAAACUUCACGUACAGCCUCAACCUAAGCUUUGAAGAGCUCAGUGGUGUGGGGCUGGAGGAGCCCGCCAGACAACACAAUGCCCACUGGCUGGCCAACACUCACCGGACGCCAAGCAUAUCCAGUCUGAACUCUCAGGAAUCAUCCAACGACAUCUGCAAGCUGACCGACAAGCAGCAAGCUGAGUAUCGCAAUGCUUACCAGGAAUACAUCUCUCACAUGUCCCAGCUGGAGAUAUCUGCUGCUGGACUGGAGAGUCCCGCUCAAGCCCUGUCCGGCCAGUUCCUCACAGCCAGCUCUGAGGAGAAGACUAAGGAAGGUGGGCAAGAUGGGCGCAAACCUUUCGCCAAAAAGAGCUCCAAACCUGCAGACACUAUAGUGGACUUCUCCUCCGUCCCAGACGGUGCUCUUCUAGAUCCCAUUACAGAGGAGGAUGAGAAGUCAGAACAUGGGUCCGCCACUAAAAUCCCACCCAGACGCAAGACCAAAGGACAGGGACCGUCUUACCACAGCAUACCGAGUGAUGAAGAAGAUUCAGGUGAGGAGGAGACUGACGCCACCCCGCUGCUGAGAGAGGAACCCUGGGCUGCUGAACCAGAUCUAAGCCUCUUAGCUAAAAGGAAGAGCUUCAUCUCAGACAUCAUGUUGGACAAGAAAUCAUCCGAUUCUGAAGUGAGGUCCAGCAGGAGCUCAUCCGACCACUCGCUGCAAGACGAGGAGAACGAAGCAUCUCAGGAGAAGGAGGAGAAAUCCGGUGAGAAGAAAGAAGAGGAGGCCCAUCUGAUCGAGCUGGUUCUUGAGAGUCCGGUUAAGAAGCGAGUCUUACCACACAGGCUGAGUAACCUUCAGGAUGAGGCCUUGGCCCGGAUGUCCAUCUGCUCCGACGCUCCAUCUGACAGCAGUAGCCCUGAGGACAGCUGGCCCACGUCAGCUGUGAGCAACCUCAACUGCUCACCCGACAAUACUGCGCUCAACAACAACAUCAACAACAGCGCCCAGCAGGAGACGCCCGACUCCACCGACUGCCCCUCCAUCAUUAUACGACCAGGAUCCAGCACCGAGACCACCACGCUGCCCAACCAAAACCUGUGUGGAGGCCACCAGAAGAGGGCCAGCGGUCCCGCCACCGACGCUGCUGAGGAGCGAGAGAGUGUCCUGUGAGCCUAACAAGCUUUCUUACUAACUUAGAGUAAAAAAGUCGAACAACUGCAAUGAUUCAGAGAAACUACAUUCAGGCAUCAUCACUGCACAUUUUCUGUGUCGACCCUGUGAUUAGGUUUGUUUUUGUGAUGAACACAAACUAAAAAUGAUCCUUCGCUGCAGUUUCUUAAUCAGUAUUUUUGGCUAGUUUUGCGUAUCGAUUAGUCAAAUAAAAUAAGUUAUAAAAUCAUUUAAGCAUAACAUUUAUAAAACCCCAAAUGAAUGGUUUACACUUAAAAGUGUACACUAAGUACGAUUCAUAAACAUCAGUAAAUCCAUUAGGUAACACAAUAAAAAAAAUACUUUUACAGCUUUGUUCAUUUUUCAAUUUUCAAGUUGCAUAAAUUAACAUUAGCGUUUUAUAAAUGAACAUGAAAUUAUUAUAUAAUAUUAACCUGUGUUUAAAAAAUGUCAAUGUUCGUUUAUUAUACCUAAUGUCCUGAUUAAUGUUAAAAAAAAUUAAGUUUAUUUUAGUGAUACCGAAAAGUGAUACCGUUUUAUCUGAAAACAAGUCUCAUUAUACUACACAUCUUGUUUUAAAGACAGUUUGAUUAUUUUUUUUUGCUUGAAAACAAAACCAAAAUAAUAAGAAGAUGCGGUGUAAAAGUGUGAGAACUCUCGUUGUUGCUGUUUUUGGAGUGGUGCUAAAAAAGUAAUAAACGGAGGCUGUGAAGCUGUUCGUAGUUUCUGAUUUGUUUAGUGCAAAUCCUGUUAUUUCAUGCUCUGUUGCUAACAUUAAAGAUCUAGUGUAGGUUGGUUCACAAUAUUCAAAUCCAUCAAGUAGAGUGGGGAUUUAACCACAUAAGAGUUAGUGCUAGUGUUUUUGCUGUGAUCGGUGAUGUGAAAGCUGUUAUUUAUUUGUGAUUGAAUGCCUAGGUUCACCUUUAGGUCAUCCUUGUUGUUUGAAUUUUGCCUUGUAGUGUUUUAGAUGAGUUGAAUCUAUUUGUGAUCAGUGUUAUGUCAAGAAAAAAAAAUAAAUAAAUAGUGAAGGUUUCUGUAAGACUUGAUUUGUGUGUGUAUGUCAGUAUCCUUAGUGUUUUCUCAAAUAAAUAAACGUAAUUAUUUUCAAA